UGAGCAAAACCAACUAGAACUACAGGGCACGUGCAGUAUAUGGCUCACCACAUGUACUUUUUCCUCUCCUUCCUAGUAACCCUAGCAGCCAUUGAAGGCAUCCAUGCAGUUGACUACGUAGUCACCAACACCGCCGGGAACACUUCUGGCGGGAUUCGCUUCGGCCACGAUAUUGGAUCUUCAUACAUUAAGCACACAAUGAUUUCUGCCACAAAAUUCAUAUGGAGAGUUUUUCAGCAAAACGAUUGCGCAGACAGAAAGAACGUGCAAAAAGUAAGCUUGUUUAUCGACGACAUUGAUGGAGUCGCAUAUGCUAGCGACAACGAAAUCCAUAUUAGCGCGAGAUAUAUCAAUAGCUAUUCGGGGGAUUUGAAAAGGGAAAUUACUGGAGUGGUUUAUCAUGAAAUGACACAUAUAUGGCAGUGGGAUGGUAAAGGGUUGACUCCCGGAGGAUUGAUAGAAGGAAUUGCUGAUUUUGUGAGGUUGAAGGCAGGCUACGUGCCUAGCCACUGGGUGCAGCCUGGGAAAGGUGAUAAAUGGGACCAUGGCUAUGAUGUUACAGCUUGGUUUUUGGACUAUUGCAAUAGCCUUAGAAAUGGGUUUGUGGCUGAUUUGAAUAAGAAAAUGAGGAGUUCAUAUAAUUCUACUUAUUUUGUUGAACUGCUCGGGAAGUCUGUUGAUCAGCUUUGGAGUGACUAUAAAGCCAAGUAUGGGAAUAUUUAAGGGUUAAUCCAGUUAAGAGCUUAUUAAUAUGAGCAAAAUGUUGUAUCUUGCAUUAUUGUAUAAUUUAUGAGAUAAAUGAACUGUCUAAAUAAAUUUGCUUUGAUGAUUAA